UUUAAAUGAGUUAAAACUGGGGAACUGUUUAGUGGUUAACACGUUUGCCUAGCACCUCCAGGGUUGAGGGUUCAAAUCCAGCCUCCGCCCUGUGUGCAUUGAGCUUGCAUGUUCUCUCUGUGCUUCGUGGGUUUCCUGUGGAUAUUCCAGUUUCCUCUAACAUGCAGGAUGAGUAGUAUGGAAAAUGGAUGGAUGCCGCAUGGUGUCUUAGUGGUUAGCACGUUCACCUCACACCUCCAGGGUUCAAUUCCCACUGUGGCAGAGUUUGCAUGUUCUCCCUGUGCUGUGGGGGUUUCCUCUGGUUUCCUCCCCCAGUCCAAAGACAUGCAUGGUAGGCUAAUUGGCAUGUCCAAAGUGUCCAUAAUGUGUAUGUGAUUUUUUUUUUUUUUAAGAGGAUUUUAUUUUAUUUAUUAUAUUUAUUUUUAAUUGUAUUAGUAAACUGUAUACCUUGUAUAGUGUAAAGAUAUGCAAGACUGUCUGUUCUUUAUGAGCUAAAACAAGCAAACAAAUACAAACAAGUCUAGAAUUAUCUUAACAUAACUGUAGGAUUAGUUUAACUUGAAAGCCUCCUUCAAAAUGGCGGUGCGGCUGACGCUUCAAACCUAUCGUGGCAUCUGAUUGGACUACGGUUACAUAUAGACCCACCCAUGUUCCGUCCUCGUGAACCUACCGCUAACCAAUGAAAAUCUGCGGAUUUGGCCACACCCUCCGGACGCUCCUACCAAAACAAAACACUAGUGACAGAAGCGUGAGUCCAGAGCAGAGCCUGGAGGGGGAUUUAAACGGGCAGUAUCGACUGAGUAAACAAUUGUUUGUAAACAUCCCCCCGGGCCCAAAACCACUUCCGGUUGUUGGGAACUUCGGAAGCUUGUUGGUGCCCCCGUUUCUUCUGAAGCUGUUCGUCCGGAAAACUGAAGAGUAUGAAAAGCAGAGAGCAAGCCCGCUUUCCCCACAGGUCGGUUUGACGGAUCUGUCGAAGGUUUACGGUAACGUGUACAGCCUGUUUGUGGGCAGUCAGCUGGUGGUGGUGCUGAACGGAUACGAGCUGAUCAGAGACGCGCUGUCCAACCACGCAGAGGUCUUCUCUGACAGACCUGACAUCCCUCUGAUCACCAUUCUGACCAAACGGAAAGGCAUUGUGUUUGCACCUUACGGUCCAAUCUGGAGAAAACAGCGCAAGUUCUGCCACAUGACUCUUCGAAACUUCGGCCUGGGCAAGCUCAGCCUGGAGCCCUGCAUCCACGAGGGAUUCACCAUGGUCAAGGCUGAGCUGCUGAAGCGAAACCAGGAGGCAGGAGGACAGGGAGUGGACCUGACUCCUUUGAUCAGCAACGCAGUGUCUAACGUGAUCUCCUCGAUCAGCCUGGGCCAGCGUUUCCAUCACCAGGACGAGGAGUUCUGCACGCAGAUGAACCUCAUGGCCCACGGUCUGGAGAUCAGCAUGAACAGUGCUGCCAUGCUCAUCAACAUCUUCCCCUGGCUCUACUACGUCCCCUGUGGUGUCUUCAAGCAGCUCCGCCAGGUGGAGAGGGACAUCACGGCAUUCCUGAAGAAGAUUAUAGCCAGGCACAGGGCCACACUGGACCCCGAGAACCCCAGGGAUUUCAUCGAUAUGUAUCUGGUGGAGAUGCUGACCCAGCAAAAAACGGGAGGAUCAGAGGAGGACGGAUUCUCCGAGGAUUACCUGUUCUACAUAAUAGGGGACCUGUUUAUUGCGGGGACGGAUACGACCACUAAUAGCAUCCUGUGGAUGGUCCUGUACAUGUGUUUACAUCCUGAUGUUCAAGAGAAUGUCCAGCGAGAGAUCGAUGCAGUAGUGGGACGUGGAAGGCUGCCGUCGCUGACUGAUAAGGGCACGCUGCCCUACACCGAGGCCACCAUCAUGGAGGUGCAGAGAAUGGCUGUGGUGGUGCCUCUGGCUAUUCCUCACAUGGCUUCCAAGACCACAGAAUUCCAAGGGUACACUAUUCCAAAGGGGACAGUCAUCCUUCCCAACCUCUGGUCGGUCCAUAGAGAUCCCACCGUGUGGGAGAAUCCAGAUGACUUCAAUCCUUCACGGUUUCUGGAUGAACAAGGCCAGCUCCUCAGGAAGGAAUAUUUUAUUCCAUUUGGAAUAGGUCGGAGAGUGUGCAUGGGAGAACAGCUGGCGAAGAUGGAGCUCUUCUUGAUGUUCACCAGCCUGAUGCAGGCUUUCACAUUCCGCCUUCCCGAGGGACAUCAGCCUCUGUCGAUGCACGGACGCUUCGGCCUCACGCUGGCUCCCUGUCGCUUCAGUGUGUGUGUAACGCCACGCUAACCUGAAACACAAACGUCGUCAGAAACUCACAGAGACAACAAUGAUAUCGAUUUCUUAAUGCGUUUUAGGGCAACGAUUCAUUCAAACGAAGGUGAAGAGCUCCAUUAGUGGAGCUAGUCAAACAAAUUCCAGCUGAUUUUGAUAAAGCGAGACCAGUGUGAAACUGGUUUGAGCUUCAGUUGUAAAACCAGUGGUUUGUACCAAAUCAUUUCACUAAAUUGUGUCGGAUUAGUUCACAGUAUUAGAAUACCGAAUACUAAAAUUGCCCGUAGUUUUGGUAUUCGUGUCUAAUUUCACGUUCAGCUUUUGCACUUUACUACUUUGAAAAUGUGUACGUCUGACCAUUUCAAAAAAUCACGGUCGUAAUAUCAUAAUACUAAAACAGUUCAUUUACAGUUCAUACUUUUACAUGUUGUUUUUCAGCUUUAGCACUUUCUUGUGGUCUAUGGCCAGAAUAUUGUAUUUUGGUCAUUUUACUGAAUAGAAAUGAAUUUCUAUCAAAUUAACCGACAAUGAAACUAUAAAAGGGAACUGACAAUGACACGACAACACAACGUCAUUUCUCCUUUUGAUUUCUCUCACUGAACAAUCCAUCAAACUCUAACUGCAGUUGGAUAAAUGUUAUCUGAUCACCUCUGUGAACUGCUGUAAGAUCAUUCUGAGGUGCAAGUGGCCUUAACAGCAUUCAGAAUUAUUUUAUGGAUCUCAGAUUUGUAUCCAAUGCAAGGGAAAUUAAUAAAUGUAGGCACUAAUGUGUUAUAUAUGCAGAUCAAUGCAUAAAUAUUACAGUAUUUAAACAUUUAUAAAAAGCUUCCUGAUAUGGUUUAAAAUCAUAUAAUUUGUUAUACAUGAGACAAAUGUAAUUAUGAUUUGAAUAUAAGAAUACGCUGCUCAUCUCUUAAUAAGUCAUGUUUAGGAAGGUAUGGUUUUUAAAGGAGUCAUUUCAUGAUUUUGAAUGUUUUCCAUUUUUUUGGGGUGUGUAAUGAAUCUGCUUGUGCAUGUAUAAGCUCUGCAAAGUCCCAAAGCUCAUGGUGUUCCCCAAAGGGAUUUAUUCUGUCUAACAGAAAACACUGCUCCAGACCUGCCCAAAACGCCUCGUUCGAAGUCCAGAUUUACUGCCGUAAUUUCUCUGUCACAGAGUGCACGAUCAGCAUAAUCCCGCCCAAAGACAGGCACGAAGAAAGAAGGCGUGGCUUCAGUGAAUUCAGGCGGCAUGUUGCAGAAAUGCUAUGCGUUUCAGUGUGAAAGCAAAACUCCUUUGUUUAGCCUUCUAAAAAUGGAUUAAAUUAGUGUUUACUGUUUAUUUAUAAUGCUGUUCCUGAGCAGUAGAACCCAAACAUUUUACAGAGAACAGCUUCCUGAACCUGGGCGAAUACAAGGCAGGCUACACACAAAGGCUACACCUGAAAAGUGGGGCGAUUCACACUUUGCUCGGAGAAUCUUGCGGUUCUGAAUCAAAACCUGUAAGGGUGUUAGAUAAUUUUAUGAAUUAUCUGCUAUUGACUGUCCAAAUGCGACGUUUUGUGUUGUGGCUCAGUUGUAGACCUCUGCUAACGUGCUAGCUAAAGUUUGCUAAGUUGCCUCAGUUUUUUAAGUGUUUGUUUGUAUGUUGGUGGUCUGACAGAGACGUUGAUUGUAGACUGCUGUUGUGAUUGUAUCUUGAAACGGUUUAUAUCAAUCAAAUCACAAGAAUAUUAGCUUUCCAAAGAUAUAUCGCAUGAGUACCGAUGUACACACAGAAGCUGUGUACAGCGUGUAAAUUCAGGGUUGGGAUUUUGCAUCGUAUCUGAAAGGUAAGAGAGUUACAAAAUAAAACCUUACCACGGUGAAACAUUUUGCUCAAUCGUGUUUGCAAACUUGUUUCUGUUUGAUCAUCUGCACUUUCUGAAUCGGGCUCGAACUGAUACGGUAAGACCAACAAAAUGUUGCUUACUAGUUUAGAUUUGCUUUAGAAGCCUCGGAGGUUGGUGGUAAUCCAAGGGGCAUUACAUUUCCGAUGUGCGAGGCUUUUGCCCAAUCACAUCACAGUGUAUCAGCUGGCCAAUCAGAGCACUCUACGCUUUUCGGUAGGAGGGGCUUUGGAGAAAUCAGAGCAUUUCAGGCAGCCUGGGAAUAGAGGUAUUGUAAUAAUAUACAAUAUUUGACAAAAUAAUGUGUUUUUUUGAACAUUAAAGCAUGUUAGCCUAUUUUAUUAAACCCAAUAAACAAAAUAAUUAAUGUUUAAAAAUCAUGAUAUGACAUCUUUAAUUAUUAAAAGGGAACAUAUGGGACUUUUUUUAUUAUUAAAUAAGGCACAUACUCUUUAAUGUUUCAUGCCUUGGGACUUGAAGGUUUAGUUUUAUUUGACCAAUGAAAUAAAUGGAUUUUAAAAAAAAAAAUCUGUGUAUGGAAGUAAUUACAUAUGAAAUAUCAGCUACAUAUAAAGCAUUGCAAUUUAUUACCUCUACACAAAAAUAAAAAAAUCUGAUUUACCUGUCAUUAUCCAUAGACUUUUAUUUGAUUAAAGGUGCAAU